GCGGCGGCGCAAGCGCGUUGAGCGAGGUCGUGCCAAGCCCGGCCAAGAUGGCUGCCUCCAGUGUGAGCCUCUGAGAGGCGGAGGGAGGAGGCGGAGGGGCGGGGAGGCCGCACCCGGCGGUGGCGAGAACCCGCGGCCGCGGAGCCCCUGGGCCCCCGGCGGGGAAGGGGAAGUGGUGAGAGGAGCAGGUCACAGGGCCGCCUCAUCGCACUGCACGCAGAGCCGGCGGCGGGAGGAGCUCGGGCCGGAGCCUCUCCAGCCUCCCGCGAAGGUUUCAGCACACAAUGAACAUAAUUAGGGAAAAUAGGGAUUUGGCAUGCUUCUACACAACAAAACAUUCAUGGAGGGGAAAGUAUAAGCGUGUCUUUUCAGUUGGAACCCAUGCAAUUACAACAUAUAAUCCCAAUACCUUAGAAGUAACAAAUCAGUGGCCUUAUGGAGACAUUUGCAACAUCAGCCCUGUCGGAAAAGGACAAGGGACAGAGUUCAACCUCACGUUUCGUAAAGGCAGUGGGAAGAAGUCAGAAACCUUGAAGUUUUCCACAGAGCACAGAACAGAGCUGCUUACAGAGGCAUUGAGAUUUAGAACUGAUUUUUCAGAGGGGAAAAUCACUGGAAGGAGAUAUAACUGCUAUAAGCAUCAUUGGAGUGACACGAGAAAACCUGUAAUUUUGGAAGUAACUCCUGGAGGCUUUGACCAAAUUAAUCCUGCCACCAACAGAGUGCUCUGCUCCUAUGACUACAGAAACAUCGAAGGCUUUGUAGACCUCUCUGAUUACCAGGGAGGGUUUUGUAUUCUUUAUGGAGGAUUUAGCAGAUUGCAUUUGUUUGCAUCAGAGCAAAGGGAAGAGAUUAUCAAAAGUGCAAUAGAUCACGCCGGCAACUACGUGGGUAUCUCGCUGCGGAUUAGGAAGGAACCUUUAGAAUUUGAGCAAUAUUUGAAUCUCCGUUUUGGAAAAUACAGUACCGAUGAGUCCAUCACAUCUUUGGCAGAGUUUGUGGUCCAAAAAAUAUCACCUAGACAUUCGGAGCCUGUGAAGAGAGUCUUAGCGCUUACGGAAACGUGCUUGGUGGAACGAGACCCGGCCACGUACAAUAUCGCAACGGUGAAACCCUUAGGAGAAGUUUUUGCAUUGGUUUGUGAUUCAGAAAAUCCACAGAUUUUUACCAUUGAAUUUAUAAAAGGGCAGAUUCGAAAAUACUCUUCAACAGAAAGAGAUUCCCUGCUGGCAAGUUUGCUGGACGGAGUCCGAGCAUCUGGGAACCGGGACGUGUGUGUCAAGAUGACGCCGACUGACAAAGGGCGGAGGUGGGGAUUGCUCAGCAUGCCUGUUGAUGAGGAGGUCGAGAGCCUUCAUCUCAGGUUCCUGGCUGCACCUCCAAAUGGCAACUUUGCAGAUGCUGUGUUCAGGUUCAAUGCUAAUAUUUCCUACAGUGGAGUUCUACAUGCAGUAACACAGGAUGGUCUCUUCUCAGAAAACAAAGAAAAACUGAUUAAUAAUGCCAUUACAGCGUUGUUGUCCCAAGAGGGAGAUGUGGUUGCUUCCAACGCGGAGCUGGAGAGUCAGUUCCAGGCGGUGAGGAGGCUCGUGGCUUCCAAAGCUGGCUUUCUGGCCUUCACUCAGCUUCCAAAGUUCCGGGAGCGUCUCGGGGUGAAGGUGGUGAAGGCUCUCAAGAGGGGCCACAGCGGGGUCGUCCACGCGGCCAUCGAUAUGCUCUGUGCCCUCAUGUGUCCCAUGCAUGAUGACUAUGACUUAAGACAAGAACAGCUAAACAAAGCUUCUCUUCUCUCUUCAAAGAAGUUUCUGGAAAACUUACUGGAGAAAUUUAAUUCCCAUGUGGAUCAUGGGACCGGCGCCCUGGUGAUUAGCUCACUGCUGGACUUCCUCACCUUUGCCCUCUGCGCUCCCUACAGCGAGACAAGUGAGGGGCAGCAGUUUGAUAUGCUGUUAGAGAUGGUGGCAUCCAAUGGAAGAACCCUCUUCAAACUGUUUCAGCAUCCUUCCACGGCCAUCGUGAAGGGAGCCGGAUUGGUUAUGAAGGCAAUAAUAGAGGAAGGUGACAAAGAAAUUGCUACAAAAAUGCAGGAACUUGCCCUCAGUGAAGGUGCCUUACCGCGACACUUGCAUACUGCGAUGUUUACAAUAAGCUCAGAUCAAAGGAUGCUUACAAAUAGACAGCUAAGCAGGCACUUAGUCGGACUCUGGACCGCCGAUAACACAACUGCGACAAACUUGCUGAAACGCAUUUUGCCGUCAGGCUUGCUGGCGUAUCUGGACAGCUCAGACCCGGUGCCCGAGAAGGACGCCGAUCGGAUGCCCGUUCGAGACAAUGUGAAGAUAGCGAUGGAUCAAUAUGGAAAAUUUAAUAAAGUUCCAGAGUGGCAAAGACUAGCUGGGAAAGCUGCUAAAGAAGUCGAGAAAUUUGCCAAAGAUAAAGUGGACCUCGUGUUAAUGCACUGGAGGGAUCGGAUGGGCAUUGCACAGAAAGAGAAUAUUAGUCAAAAACCAGUUGUUCUUCGUAAAAGAAGACAAAGAAUAAAAAUAGAAGCAAAUUGGGAUCUCUUCUAUUACAGGUUUAGUCAAGACCAUGCUAGGUCAAACCUUAUCUGGAACUUCAAGACCCGAGAAGAGCUCAAAGACACUCUUGAGUCUGAAAUGAGAACAUUUAAUAUUGACCGAGAGCUUGGUAGUGCUAAUGUCAUCUCCUGGAACCACCAGGAAUUUGAGGUUAAAUAUGAGUGCCUGGCAGAGGAAAUCAAAAUAGGAGACUAUUACCUGAGAUUGUUGUUGGAGGAAGAUGAAAAUGAAGAAAGUGGAUCAAUUAAGAGAUCGUAUGAAUUUUUUAAUGAGCUCUAUCAUCGUUUCCUGCUCACUCCCAAAGUGAACAUGAGAUGCCUGUGUUUGCAGGCCCUUGCCAUCGUGUACGGGAGGUGUCAUGAGGAAAUCGGGCCUUUUGCAGACACGAGAUACGUCGUUGGGAUGCUGGAGCGGUGCACAGAUAAACUUGAAAGAGAUCGAUUGAUCCUCUUCCUUAACAAGUUGAUCCUUAACAAGAAAAAUGUUAAGGAUCUCAUGGAUUCCAAUGGAAUUAGAAUCCUGGUGGACUUACUCACCCUGGCACAUCUCCACGUCAGCCGAGCCACAGUACCGCUGCAAAGCAAUGUAAUUGAAGCUGCUCCAGACAUGAAGAGAGAGAGUGAGAAGGAGUGGUACUUCGGCAACGCAGACAAGGAGCGCAGUGGCCCCUAUGGUUUCCAUGAGAUGCAAGAAUUGUGGACCAAAGGAAUGUUGAAUGCAAAAACCAGAUGCUGGGCUCAAGGCAUGGACGGAUGGCGGCCGCUUCAGGCGAUCCCCCAGCUGAAGUGGUGCCUGUCAGCCAGUGGGCAGGCUGUGCUGAAUGAGACUGACCUGGCCACCCUGAUCCUGAACAUGCUCAUCACCAUGUGUGGGUACUUUCCAAGCAGGGACCAGGACAACGCCAUCAUCCGGCCUUUGCCCAGAGUGAAGAGGCUGCUGUCGGACAGCACCUGCCUUCCCCACAUUAUCCAGCUCCUGCUGACCUUUGACCCCAUUCUCGUUGAGAAAGUGGCCAUCUUGUUGUGCCAUAUCACACAGGACAACCCCCAGUUACCUCGUCUCUACCUGAGCGGAGUGUUUUUCUUCAUCAUGAUGUACACAGGUUCCAACGUGCUUCCCGUAGCUCGGUUCCUGAAAUACACACAUACCAAGCAGGCUUUCAAGUCAGAAGAGACAAAGGGACAAGAUAUUGUUCAGAGAAGUAUACUUGGGCACAUCCUACCAGAAGCAAUGGUUUGUUAUUUAGAAAAUUAUGAGCCUGAAAAGUUUUCUGAGAUUUUUCUUGGAGAAUUUGAUACUCCAGAAGCAAUCUGGAGCAGUGAAAUGAGGCGCCUCAUGAUAGAGAAAAUUGCCGCCCAUCUUGCUGAUUUCACACCUCGUCUUCAGAGUAACACAAGAGCACUUUAUCAUUAUUGUCCCAUCCCAGUUAUCAACUAUCCACAACUGGAAAAUGAGCUAUUUUGUAAUAUUUAUUACCUCAAACAACUUUGUGAUACACUCCGGUUUCCAGAUUGGCCAAUUAAAGACCCGGUUAAACUUCUCAAAGACACCCUCGAUGCCUGGAAGAAAGAAGUGGAGAAGAAGCCGCCCACGAUGUCGGUCGAUGAUGCUUAUGAAGUGCUCAACCUGCCUCAGGGACAGGGGCCGCACGAUGAGAGCAAGAUUAGAAAAGCUUACUUCCGACUUGCACAGAAGUACCACCCUGAUAAGAACCCGGAGGGCAGGGAUAUGUUUGAAAAAGUAAAUAAGGCAUAUGAGUUUUUAUGUACCAAGUCAGCAAAAAUAGUGGAUGGACCAGAUCCAGAGAAUAUAAUUUUAAUUCUGAAAACACAGAGCAUUCUUUUCAACCGUCAUAAAGAAGAUUUGCAGCCUUAUAAGUAUGCAGGAUACCCCAUGCUAAUUAGGACCAUAACAAUGGAAACUUCAGAUGACCUGCUUUUCUCGAAGGAAGCACCAUUGCUGCCUGCGGCUGCAGAACUAGCUUUCCACACCGUCAACUGCUCAGCCCUCAACGCUGAAGAGCUCCGAAGGGAGAAUGGCAUAGAGGUAUUACAAGAGGCCUUCAGUCGCUGUGUGUCUGUCUUGAGUCGUUCCAGCAAACCCAGUGACAUGUCUGUACAGGUGUGUGGGCACAUAAGUAAAUGCUAUAGUGUGGCAGCGCAGUUUGAAGAAUGUCGUGAGAAGAUCACAGAAAUGCCGGGCAUCAUCAAGGAUCUCUGUCGAGUGCUGUAUUUUGGCAAGAGUAUUCCACGCGUGGCUGCUCUUGGGGUAGAAUGUGUCAGUUCUUUCGCUGUGGAUUUCUGGCUGCAGACGCACCUGUUCCAGGCUGGAAUUUUAUGGCACCUGCUUGGUUAUCUGUUUAAUUAUGAUUACACACUGGAAGAGAGUGGCAUUCAGAAAAGUGAAGAAACAAAUCAGCAGGAAGUUGCCAACAGUCUCGCCAAGUUGAGUGUCUGUGCUCUGAGCCGCCUCGGAGGGUAUUUGUCUGAAGAGCAAGCAACUCCGGAAAACCCAACCAUCCGGAAGAGUUUAGCUGGCAUGCUGACACCCUACAUUGCAAGAAAACUUGCCGUGGUUAGUGCUACUGAGAUUUUGAAAAUGCUGAACAGCAACACAGAAAGCCCCUACUUGAUCUGGAACAAUUCAACAAGAGCAGAGCUGCUUGAAUUUCUUGAAUACCAACAAGAAAACAUGAUUAAAAAAGGUGAUUGUGAUAAGACGUACGGAUCGGAGUUUGUCUAUAGUGACCAUGCCAAAGAACUUAUUGUGGGAGAGAUUUUUGUUAGGGUGUACAACGAAGUCCCUACUUUCCAGCUGGAGGUUCCAAAAGCAUUUGCUGCAAGCCUGCUGGACUACAUAGGCUCCCAGGCCCAGUAUCUCCACACGUUCAUGGCCAUCACACACGCUGCCAAAGUGGAGUCAGAGCAGCAUGGUGACCGCUUACCUCGAGUGGAGAUGGCCCUGGAGGCUCUGAGAAAUGUCAUCAAAUAUAACCCAGGCUCUGAAAGUGAAUGUAUCGGGCACUUUAAGUUGAUAUUUUCUCUUCUCCGAGUCCACGGAGCUGGUCAAGUGCAGCAGUUGGCUCUAGAGGUUGUGAAUAUAGUGACAUCCAAUCAAGAUUGUGUCAACAAUAUUGCAGAGUCCAUGGUUUUGUCCAACUUACUGGCUCUUCUACAUUCGUUGCCAUCAAGUCGUCAGCUUGUUCUAGAGACUCUCUAUGCUUUGGCAUCGAGUACAAAAAUUAUAAAAGAAGCAAUGGCAAAGGGAGCGUUGAUUUAUUUAUUGGAUAUGUUCUGCAAUUCAACACAUCCACAGGUUCGAACCCAGACAGCGGAACUUUUUGCUAAAAUGACAGCAGAUAAACUGAUAGGUCCAAAGGUUCGAAUAACAUUAAUGAAAUUUUUACCAAGUGUCUUCAUGGAUGCAAUGAGAGACAACCCUGAAGCUGCUGUCCAUAUUUUUGAAGGAACUCAUGAAAACCCUGAGCUAAUUUGGAAUGAUAGUUCCAGAGAUAAAGUAUCCACUACAGUUAGAGAAAUGAUGCUGGAGCACUUUAAGAGUCAGCAGGAUAACCCUGAUGCCAACUGGAAGCUGCCCGAGGAGUUCGCCGUGGUGUUUGGAGAAGCGGAGGGCGAGCUUGCUGUUGGAGGCGUCUUCCUGAGAAUCUUCAUUGCACAGCCAGCUUGGGUUCUGAGGAAACCGAGAGAAUUUCUUAUUGCAUUACUGGAGAAAUUAACUGAGCUCCUGGAAAAGAACAGUCCUCACGGGGACACGCUGGAAACUGUGACCAUGGCUGCAGUGUGCCUCUUCAGUGCACAGCCUCAGCUGGCCGACCAAGUGCCUCCCCUGGGCCAUCUCCCCAAAGUGAUCCAGGCGCUCAAUCACAGGAACAGCGCCGUGCCCAAGAGUGCUGUGCGGGUCAUCCACGCGCUGUCUGACAAUGAGCUGUGUGUUCGAGCCAUGGCUUCCUUGGAGACCAUCGGCCCCCUGAUGAAUGGGAUGAAGAGGCGAGCAGACACCGUCGGGCUAGCCUGCGAAGCAAUUAACCGAAUGUUUCAGAAGGAGCAGAGCGAAUUAGUCGCACAAGCCCUAAAAGCCGAUUUGGUCCCAUACCUCUUAAAAUUACUUGAAGGUGUUGGCCUUGAAAGUCUGGACAGCCCCGCGGCCACUAAAGCUCAAAUUGUCAAAGCUCUCAAGGCCAUGACUCGAAGCCUGCAGCAUGGAGAACAGGUGAAUGAAAUUCUUUCUCGUUCUUCAGUCUGGAGUGCCUUCAAAGAUCAGAAACAUGAUUUGUUCAUUUCUGACUCACAAACCACAGGAUACCUCACAGGACCUGGCGUUGCUGGCUACCUUACUGCGGGUACAUCCUCAUCGGUCAUGUCCAACCUGCCACCUCCUGUAGACCAUGAGGCAGGCGACCUUGGCUAUCAAACUUGAAAAGCUUUUGAGAGACGCUAGACGCGGAAAGGCCAGUGCCCAGUCCACAUUCCUCCAGCUGACACGUUGAAGCAAAUUCUUACUGCCUUUCUCCUGGUUUCAUGACAGUGUUAUUCCUUUUUCUAUAAAUAUAUUUUUAUUUAGGACAAACAGUCAGUGAUUCUAAUUGUAUCAUGUUGAGGAAGCAUUCUGUGGAUCAACCUAAGUGGAUACACAAGCAUUUUUUUCUUGAUGGAUGUAAGCACAUUUUGUUCCUUUGUAUCUGUUUACAAGACUGUGAAUCAGAAUGACAAAACUUUCUUCCUAGUUUUUAUAAUGGUUUAUUUUGUUUAAUUAGUGUGACUGCUGGUUGAGCUGCAGUCUGCAGCCUGAACGGAGUCACUUGUCCCCAGACGAGGGCGUCUCCCUGUCCCACAUCAGUUCUGCGUGGCUGUCCUCCCCGCAUUGAACACUGUUAGACUUGGUCCCCACACCCGUCGGCCAGCAUCCUGUCCUCAGUCACUAACCCUCUCGGAGCUCACAGUGCACACCAGACUGAAUCAAAGGAGCUUGUGCAGAAGCAUUGAGAGAUGUUAUGUAAGAGAUUAGUGUAAUUGUGAAAUGUUCUAUACAUUAUCAAAUAUAUAAAGCUUUCUAUAUUGAAUGUACAUUAUACAGAUCAUUCAUAUAUGUACAUAGAAUUUUAAAAAUAAAGGGAAUUGACUGCUUUGUUAAUGAGA